AUGGUUUCUGAGGCGAAGCGGCACAGGUUUUUCAACAACGUACCUGGACUUAAGCGUCGGAACGGUAACCACACGCGUGGCAGGCAAUCGUUGCGUUUGGACGAUUUGCCCGACGACAUACUCAUUCUUGUGCUCGCGCAGUGUCAUGUCGACGAUAUUUUCGCCCUGCGUCUAACUUGCUCUAUCUUCCGCGAUGUGUUCUCGACUUACUCGGCCCAUAUCAUACCAGCUGUCGCCCGGUGUACCUUUCCGAGGAGUGGCCUACUUCUAGAUCCGCAAACUGCUCCCGUCGGUUACACCUUGACGUGGUUGAAGGACCGCAUCCCCAUGCAACUGGCAGCUAUCUUGGUGGACAGAUAUCGAAUCAUCUACGAAGAAGAGCUUGUGGGGUUUCGUCUGGGUAUUCCGGCCGAAGAUGCACUUGGUUCAGAAUUGCGCACCAGAGUAGGCACGGGUUGGCGCAUCUUACGUCGACUGUCCAAUAUCGCCAAGGAGGUGUACUACCUAGACGCGAAAGAAAUCCUCUCCCUUUUGCAAAAAAAGACUAGCUGGCUGUUGGCGCACACAUCACGUUACGAAACCGAAAUUGUCCGGCUAAGGGAAGAGCUGAUCUUGCGACGACGGCUGGAGUAUGCUGGCUCGAUGUCUAUUCGCGAGGCACAGGACUACGUCAUCACAUUCACCUUGCUGUCGGGAGCGUGGAGGGUCAGUAAAUCCGAUGACCCUAGUACUAAGCACCAUCCGACAUGGCCCUUCGAUUUCGGUCACGGUAUCGAUGCGCCGAGAACCAUACGCAAAGGAGAGUCUUGGGUGACUUGGUUUAUUCUCCAUCUAGGACCGCAGUUGUUCUGGGAACAAUGGUGGCUUCUACCUGCAGAAGCACCGGGAACGAUGAACCAUGUGCGCGAGUGUGCCAUCGAAGCCUUUUUCGCGCCAUUGGGUCCUAAGGACUAUGCCCCGAAUCGCGGAGAUGGUUUUGUAGACCCGCACGAAGAUUUGCACAACAUGCAGCGACAGUGUGCGGAAAAGGUGCAGCGAGUUUUCUAUGAGAAGAGUGGCGGAAGGGCGCAAACUAUGCAUAUGAUGUACUUUCGAAAGUAUUUCCAACAAAGGGGGCCUCCUAAUAGAGCCCCGGCGAUGGAAGAGACCAUGGGGAGCGUUCCUUUCUUCAUAAACUUUUCCGCCUACGAGUGUGCAGAUGAUGCGACACCAAGCGUAGACUGA